AUGCUGACCAGUCUCGUAUUCUACCCGUCCCUCGGCUACAAUCUCCUCAGAAAUUACGUGCAGCCGAAUCGGUGGGCGUGGUAUAACCGAGUCGACGACACGCUCAUUCUUGGAGCGAUGCCGUUCCGAUCGAUGAAAGACGAGUUGGUCCAGAAAGAGAACGUGGGCGGAGUCGUGUGCUGCACAGAAGAAUACGAGCUGAAAGCGGCUUAUCAGGCGAUGCAGGACGAAGAUUGGAAGAAAGAAGGCGUCGAGUUCUUCGCAGUGCCCAUGAAAGACUUCACCGGCUCCGCUCCCCGCCCUCAGAUCCACGAGGCGGUAGAGUUCAUCGAAAGUGUCGCAGCGAAAGGAAAGACGGUUUAUGUGCAUUGCAAAGUGAGCGAAGGCCGUUAACAGCGUCUCGUAAACAUAAAAUUUGCAGGCGGGACGCACCCGAAGUGCCACUAUUGCCACGUGUUAUCUGAUGAAAUCCCGCAACUGGAUGUCGAACGUGGCGUGGGAGUUUCUGAAAGACAAACGACACCAGGUGAUACUCCGGAAUGCGCACUGGCGGACGGUCAACGAGUACAGGCGGUUCCUCGAUUCAACGACGGUGUCUUCUUCCAGUUGA